AUGCCUGCCUGGAAGUCUCUUGUGAGCGUGCUGGCGCUGGCCGGCACUGCGGUGUCAUGCGCGCACCACGGCGACACCGAGGUUGUCCCUGAACAUGAGCGCGAGGAGCUGCUUAAGAAGUGGGAUCAAGAGUGGUCCUUCUCUGGUAUCGCCAGCUUUGCCCACUUGAAGCCCGUCAAGUGCCUCAUCGAGCCCGACGAACGCUACGAUAUCGCCGUCAUCGGCGCUCCCUUCGACACGGCUGUUAGCUACCGACCCGGCGCACGUUUCGGACCCCGCGCCAUCCGCGCCGCCAGCGCGCGCCAAAUGGCCGGUACCAGCUACAACACCCGGGCCGGCAUCAACCCGUACCAGUCGUGGGCGAAGAUCACCGAUUGUGGUGACAUCCCGAUCACGCCGUUCGACAACGGGCUCGCGGAGCGGCAGAUGUAUGAGGCGUUCCUGGAGCUGGGCUCGCGCAAGCCGGUGAACGCCGCACCCAAGGGUGGCGACAGCAUCGGUGCUGGCCACCCCAAGCUGGUGACGCUGGGCGGCGACCACAGCGUGGCACUGCCGGCGCUGCGGGCGC